AUGGGCCUGGGUGCCUCCGUGCGCGGAGGCUUCGGCUUCCUCCUCGAUCGCCACCAACAUGUCGGCGUAGCAGCCACGACGACCAACAUCAACAACGUCACUCCCGCCAAUGCUUUCAACUCUCUCUUUCAUCGGCACAGGGACCAUCCUCUCCCCAUCACGCCCGUUUCGAUCUUUCGUUCCAUGCUGCAAUUCGACGAUCUCCAGGCCCUCCUCUGGGCUUGGACCCUCGUUGGCAUCCUGCUCCUCUUCGCCUUCUGGACCAACCCGAACGAGGCUUCGUUUCGACCCUUCCUCACCGACCUCGUCUUUCGGGAGCGUCUUAGACUUCUCAACCAAGAUCAGGAUGCCGCAGAGUCGCAACUGACCAGCACCAAUGGCGCGGACAGCGCUCCGACUGAGCCCUCACCCGCUCGCAAGUCAGACCCCAACGCCUUCUCUUCUUUGCUCUCUACCGCGCCCUACUCCUCCGGUCCUUUUGCUCUCACAUUCGGUUCCAAGGUGGCGCUCUCGUUGCGUACGCCUCCUUUCCAUCGAAAGGAUCUGGGUCUGCUCUCCAUUGUCACGAUCGCCCAAAGUACACCUGUUCGCACCGCUCAUGAUCAACAGGGCCCAACAUCACACCACCCUAGCAGACUUAGCGAUCGCACUUCUGCAAAGACUGGUUCAACUACGGAUUGCACAUCCAUCUUUAUUGGCGCUUUUGGCAAGUGGUGGAUUCUCGGCUAUGCUAUUCCGGAUCUGCCGCCAACACCCGCGUCCAGCCAAUCCCAUCAGAACAAGAAGAGCCGCCCGGAGCUAGAGGAAAACUUGCCAGACGUCCCGGAUUGGGGAAUCAUCGAAAUGCGCUCUGUCGAUCCCGCACCCGAGUCACGGCGUUCCUCGAUACUAGCCUCUCACAGUGGCACCCAGGAUAAGGAUAGUGUACUUCAGCCUGCGUCUGGAGCUCCAUUUGCCGCCGAGCCCGCCGCUCGCAUCGCAUCCCCGUCACAAGCUCCUUCCAUCGCCACCAACAAGGAACACACCUCGGAGGCCGAGUCUCAAGAUUGUCUCAGCAUCACCGCAUUGGUCUCUAGAUCGCAAACUGAUAUCGUCGAGCUCCAGGAACAGCUACUUCAGAUCAAAAGCGCCUCUGCUCGCGCCUGUGAAGCGCUCGAGGUCGAUCUAGAGGAGAUUCGAGCUAAGAAAAAGGAAGAGGAAAGGCUCCGCUCCGACAUCAAAACAAGGACAAAGGCAUUGGACGACAGCAAAAGGCAGGUCGAAAGCACUCGACGUGAGGCCGAAAGGCGAUUGAAGACCGCCAACGCAGCUCGCGCGCUCAAGCAGGCUAGCAUUCAGCAGAGAAAAGAUCAGGUGGAAAUGCUUAACAAACGCAGAGCUGCCUUGGCAACAAAGAAGGGGGCUCACGCCGACAAGCGUCUGCAACGCUCAGAAGAGCUCUCGUCCCUCAUCACCGAGACCAAGGACAAGGUAGAGAAGCUUCGCAUCGAGGUUGACGCUCUCCGCCACGAAGUACAAGCUGCUCAGGAUCAGUUGCAGGUGGAAAAGGUGAUGGCCCGUAACGCACAGGAGGGCGAUUUCAGAGAACAAGGCCGCAUCGACACUUCGCCCUACAUGUGGAACCCUUCCAUGGAGUUCAGUCACAUCGGAGGUCAAGACGCCAUGUACGCCCACCUCGCCUCCACUCCAGAUCCACUUGUCGAUAGCUUGGCUCACAUGGAAGAGCGCGCUCUGGCUGCCAACAGGUUCACUCCGAGCCCGUUCGACGCCGAUUCGAACAGCUUGCCGAUCAAUCAGAUGCCGAAUGCUCACUCGGAUGGCUAUGAUGAUCUCGGCACCAGCGUCUUGCGCAACGCCUUUCGACGUGCUAACGCUGCCUCCGUUGCCGACGGUCGCGAGAUGCUGCCCAACGCUUCGCAGGGCAUCGGCAAUCCCUCACUGCAGAAUGCUUCCAACUUUGAGGCUAUCAAGCAAGCCUUCCAGCCUACCAUUGCCACCGAUGAAGAUGGGCGCCGAUCAUGGUCCGCAUUUGACGUAUGGCAAUCCGACCUUCGUGGCGGUGGUCUCAAUCGAACGCAGUGGCCCACGGGCGGAGCAAAUGCAAGCGCAGAUUCGCUGCCCCAAUUCAGCUCCAGCAGCGGUUUCUUACCCCUCGAUCGUAGUACCAGUGCCGAGCAGUCCGGUCUGCACAACGCUCACGGUCAGGUCGAUGCAGAGCAAUCCCGCAAUGCCUCAAAGGUCAAGAGAGCUUUCCGCUGGCCUUUCCGACCAAGCCAAGUGCAGAACGACCUGGUCUAA